AUGGAUUCGCCUCGGCGGGUCCGAAAUCGGGUCGCUUGUCGAAGGUGCCAACGUAGGAAAAUUCGCUGUGAUGGCAAUUUGCCUUCUUGCGGAUCCUGUCAAAAGGCGGGAGUUGAUUGCGUGAAUGAUGGGAAGCAGGAGGUUCAUCGUCUUUAUCUGGCGAAUUUGGAGAACAGGGCGAGAUGGUUGGAGUCUUUGCUCAAAGAAAAUUGCCCCGAGGUCGAUCUGAGUUCGGCUCCUAGGGUGUCAGCGGAACAGCCACAAACAGCUGUUCCAAGCAGUUACAGCGAAGUCGAUUCUGGAUUUGCACAAAGUCCGCCCCAAGGUCAACAGUCGCGGACCGAUCAUGUCACUAUGGCUCAUGAACCGUACCGAGAACCCUCGACCGCGGCAAUUCCACGAACAGUCAACGACGAACCGCAACAAGGGCAUGAAAUCGGUCUAGUAUCCCUCUCAUCAGGUGGCGGCCCAUGCUAUAUUGGACCUUCAAGUGGGUAUUUCUUCGCGAGGCGCAUAUUAUGCAGGCCAGACCGCCGAAAGAAUCGGCAAGGAUCAGUAGCGAGCGUGGCAGGGUCCUCGAGCUUAUCCGCCGAGCUAUUGAACUCACCAGCGACAUUGCCUCCUAGAAAAGAAAAUGCCAUUGAGCUUUCUACGAGAUACUUUCAAACUAUUCAUCUGAUGUAUCCAUUCUUACACGAACCUUCUCACAUGGACGCCAUUGGACGUCUUUACUCGUCCCAAGAAAACAGGCCUUCAGACCUCUUCCAGGUUUUCAUGGUCUUGGCUGUCGCUGCUUUGGAUCUGUCGCGCCAGUACAAGGUCCAUCUUCCCGUGGAAGGUUAUUACUCUGCAGCGAUGGAUUAUGUGGAGCAUACUUGUGGCGAUGGCUCUGUGACCGGCCUGCAGAGCCUUCUUCUCCUAAUGGUAUAUGCGUUGCACAAUCCAUCUUGCAGUCUCAACAUAUGGAAUCUUAACUACCAAUGCCUCGCAAGCGUGAUUGACCUCGGCCUGCAACGUGAUGUCCGCGCGUCGUCAGCGUUCUCAAUUUCUGUUCUGGAACAGGAGAUGAGAACCCGUGUCUUUUGGGUUGCAUACACAUUUGACCGCGUCAUAUGCACGAUGAUGGGUCGACCAAUUGGGGUACGCGAUGAAGCUUGUGAAUUGCGAUUUCCAUUUGAUAUUGCAGAUUCCGACCUGAUCGUUGCAAAUGACCCCCAGUCGCAGCAUAUACAGCCCUCACCACUUUCCUACUCGAUUCAUUUAUUCAAGCUCGCCCGAAUGAAUUCAGAAAUCAAGUACAUCAUGCACAGUAUCUCUCGUGACACGCCCGCAUAUGCAUAUCCUCCGAUUAAGGAUAUCUUUUCGUGGCAACGGGAUAUGAUCCAUUCGCUGCAAGAUUGGCUUUGUCAAAUACCGCAGCGAUCAGGCAGGGAUUGUGACAGAAUGGCUCAACUUUGUAAGAUUAGAUAUCAUGAGAUCAUGAUCUUAUUGUUAAGGCCGAGUCCAGCCAUUCCGCAUCCGCCAGAAGAAUCAUUCGAUCUAUGUUUCCACCAUGCUGUCGAUCUGCUGCGUGGCUUUGGAGAGCUCUACCGUUCCGGAAGUCUUCUCUACAAUCGGCUGGUCGUCCAUUCUAUUCUCCUAAGCACCUUUGUUAUGCUGUAUUGUAUUUGGAAGGUGCCGUCGACAGCUGCAAAAUGCCGUGUGAAUGAGCUUGCAGCCGACUUCAAUACGUCGCAAAACAUUCUGAGCAGUAUUGGAGAAUAUUGGACCGAAGCAAACCGAGCACGCGACUGUGUUGACGAGUUCUCUAAUGUCACCCUUCAAAGACUUCUGGGCAAUGACCAAGCGACCACUUCGAGAUCUUCACCGAUAGCUAACAGAAUGCGGCCUCACCUUGGUAGUACUCAUGCUUCUUCAUCCUCAACUGAAGUUCAUCGUGAUAUCGGCCGGGAGAACGCCGAUUAUGGACAAGUUGGUUCGAAUAUUCAUCAGCAGCUCGAUUACACCGAAAGUACGGCUGGUACACAUGAUUAUAUCAAUUUAUUCGACGACUUUCUACAAGGCGAUUUUCAAGAUUGGAGUGGUAUGCCGGAUAUCGAUGGCCUUAUGUGGGAAUUUUUUCAUUGA